CGGGCGGAGACGCGCGCACGAGCUUAAAAGCUCCCGUGUAGAAGCCGUUGUGUAAUUUGAAUUCAAGUGUUUCGUGUCUAAGUUUUUUCUAUAAGAUAAUAAUAUAACAUAAGAAUCAUGUCUGCUGAUCCCGCGCCGCUGUCAAAGACAGCCAAGUACAAGAAGAUAACGAAGCCAUUGCUUGAACGCAAGCGGCGCGCGCGCAUCAACCGCUGCCUGGACGAACUCAAGGACCUCAUGGUCGGCGCUUUGGAGAUCGAUGACGACAACCUGAGCAAGCUAGAGAAGGCAGAUAUCCUUGAAUUAACCGUUAACCACCUCACAAAGUUGCACAGCCCUAAAGACCCAGUUAUAGAAGCGAAAAAGUUUCAAGCGGGUUUCGGACAAUGUGCCGCGGAGGCGUGCCGGUUCAUCAUGUCGGUUCCGGACUUGGAACCGAAGGUUAGCCAGAGCCUCAUCAGUCACCUGUCCAGACUCAUCACGGCGCAGCCUUUGACUAUUCAAGUGCCGGACAGACCACACUUCUCGCCACCGACGUCACCAUCUUCCAUAGUGUCCGACAGACAGCACUACUACAGCGACCCCGAAAGGUCAUCAUCAGAUGCUGAAGAUUCCGUGUACUCCGGAGACAGCACCUCCAAGCAGUGGGCCUACAGCCGAUCACAGCCAUCAGGCCCGAGGUCAAAUCCCCCCCUGUCGGGGCUGCUGACGACAGUCGACAAGAUCCCUCAACAUCACUCUGAACAAGUAUCCGGAGUACCGAGAAACGGAACUUAUUUCAACAGAGUUCCAGCAGAAGCGAAAGACGUAAUAUUGCAGAAAAUCAGACAACACAUUAUGGACAAACGCGGCAACGACGGCGUCGACGCGAACAUGACCGCGGACCCGGCGGAACCAAAAUAUUUACACAGAGAGGAGCCAUACAGAGGCGAGUACGUGCACCAAUACCCCCCGCCCAGCGUACCUAGCAGCAACGCUACAUUGGACUUAAGAAAAGUGAGAUCCCCAAUAAAAUCAACGCCGGAAGUUUCGCCGAAAAAAACAGUCGCGUACUACAACGCGAAUCAAUUAGAUGCGACGCCAUCUGAUAACAAAGUUGAAGCGCCAGUCAGUCUUCCGGAACAGUGCGAAUCGCCUAUGGAUUACAGCAACUUGCCGCCUAAAAAGAAAAGGAAAUUAAUCGAGUACCAGGAGUACAAAAAACAAGAGGAGGCGAGGCGGCAGCUCGAUGCUUUUUAUGCUGAGAAAAAAGGCGAGAGACCACCGGCGGACCUCGAGGACAAGUGGCGGCCGUGGUAGACCGCGCUCGCCGCCGCCACCGCCACCGCUGCACAUUGUGAUAUUAAUAGUCUCUUCCAUGACAAAGCUUUAAUUCGUACUUUUAAGUAUGUUAUCAUAGAUUAAGUAAAUCUAAUAAUGUUUUCACGUGCCUUACUUUUAUGAUUUAUGAAAUGUCAUAGUCUCGUAGUUAUAAUUUCACGUUGUUUGUAAAUGUGCCAUUUUUAUUUGAUCUCGAUGUCUUCCUGUGAAUGUUCACUUAGGAAAGUCUUCCGAAAUUUUAAACUAUGUUGCUUGGUUAUUUCUAUUAAUGUGUGAUUCUGAUUAUCUUAUAUUAAAUGUGUACUUUAAAAGAAUAAA